ACACUUUCAAUUCACUCUCUUCUUUUUCUCUCCCGAUACACCAAACCAAACAAAAUCAGCUACAAAGUUUUCAACUUUUUCACUGUUGUUCUUCUUUCUAAUAAAUCUUUCAUUACCAUCCUUAUCAUCUAUCAACAAUGCUUUUUCUUUAUUUUCUUUAUCUUUGUGUUUAUAUAUAAAAAAAAAAAUCAAUCUUUUUGAUUUUUGGUUUUCAUUUCUUAAGGAAUUUUCCAUUUUGGGUAUCUGUUUAUAAACAGCAUUUUAAUAAAUCAGAAUCGGGUAGUGUAUAUCGCUUGUAUUUGUUUUUGCUUACUGAGAGUUGAAAAGAAAACUUGAUUUUUUUUUUUUUAUUGUUUAAUUGGAUUCAUUUGUUUUGUUUUCUUCAAUUUACAUUGAAAGUUCUAUAACUUUUUGGAUCCUAUGGCUGCUGUUGCUGAAAUUGCUGGUGAACAAACCGCCGCCAACACAACCACCACCACACCAACCACUGCAAACACUACCACCACCAACAACAACGAGAACAACGAGAAGAAUAACAAUAAGUUGGAAUCGAUGAAAUCGGAUUCGCAAUUCGAUGUGCAAAAGCUAGUUGAUAUGUUCACAAAGUUGAAUCCUUUAGCUAAGGAAUUCUUCCCAUCAUAUUAUCAUCAAAACGGUGAUGAUCAGAACGAAAAUUUUGCUAACAAUAAUAAGCAUUCUGCCAAUGAUAGUUUCCCCAGAAGGAGGAGAAACAAUUAUUCUCAGGGAAGGAAGAGGCUGAAUGGGCGAGCCUUCAGAGCUCAACGAGAAGAUAGUAUCAGACGUACAGUAUAUGUCUCUGAUAUCGAUCAGAGUAUUACUGAAGAGCGGCUUGCUGGGUUAUUUAGUAGUUGUGGACAAGUUGUUGAUUGCCGAGUUUGUGGUGAUCCACACUCAGUUCUUCGUUUUGCAUUCGUGGAGUUUGCUGAUGAGUAUGGAGCAAGAACAGCUUUAAAUCUUGGCGGGACAAUGCUAGGGUACUAUCCGGUUAGGGUGUUACCAUCAAAAACUGCUAUUCUUCCUGUGAAUCCUACAUUUCUCCCUAGGUCUGAAGAUGAAAGGGAGAUGUGUUCCCGGACAGUUUAUUGUACAAAUAUUGACAAGAAGGUUUCUCAAGCUGAAGUUAAAAAUUUCUUUGAGGCAGCCUGUGGCGAGGUUACUCGCCUGAGACUUUUGGGAGAUAAUGUGCAUUCAACUCGUAUAGCUUUCGUUGAGUUUGCCAUGGCGGAGAGUGCCAUUAUUGCUCUGAAUUGCAGCGGGAUGGUCCUUGGAAGUCAGCCCAUCAGGAUAAGUCCAUCAAAGACACCUGUGAGGCCUCGAGUUACUCGCCCGGCAAUGAACUAGCUGACAGUUGAGUUUCUUAAGAUCCAUGGAUGGUAUCAGGUGACUUCCGAGUUGAUGAGUAGUAACUUUGUCGUGUUGCAGCGAUGUUGAAACUUCCCUUUGUUUUUGUAUUUCCGUCUUUUCCUGUCACAACACUAACUUUUUAUAUGACCAAACAUAUGGUUACCUGCUUCAGAAUUGAAGUUUUUACAAGACCAUCUUUGAUCUUUUGAACAAAUAAUCACAUUCGACCCCCUUUGUUUUGAUCUCA